UGACGACGAUGCGAGCGACGAUGCAUCGUGAGCAGCAGCCCUUUCCACGGCCGCAUUCGCCGGAGCCGCCAAGGAAACCACGGCGCCGGAGAUGGCGCAACUUCAACGUGGACAGCGGCGAUGAAGGCGAUUGCGGCGUCGUGGAAAGGAGCUGCCCAUUUCGCUGCAGCAGAGCAGGCAGUCGGCCGGUGCACGUGGGAUUCCCGUGUGCACCUGUCGGCUGCUGCUUCAGCGGCGCGUGUCGGCGCCAUGUUCCCAAGGACCGCUCCGGACACCCCGAGCCCCCUUCUCACCCCCCUCACCCCUCUCACCCCCCACAGCCACCACCACGGCCACACCCUGCCAUGGCGUUCCCCCCACCCCCACCCCUUCCGUAUUUCUUGCCGCCCUGCUUCAUGCCACAGGGCAUGUAUCUGCCGCCGCAUCACCUGAUGAUGCUGCCGCCGCCGGUGCCAAUAGCAGCAGCAGCCAGCUCAAGGGCCGCGGGUGCGCAUCCGAUGCCCACGUCAGCCGAGGAGGUGAUGCGGGCGCACGAGAGCCACAUGAGCAUUGGGAGGGAGGUCGGGCCGCCCAAGGCGUCGAGUGGUGUGGGGCCACGGCCGCCGACGAUCGUCUUACCGAGGAGCCGCGGGAAGAGGACACCCCCCGCAUCCGCCACGGGUGGCACGCAGAUCGCCGACGACAAGAACAAUCAGCAUGGCAAGCAAUGGGAAGCGAUCAAAAAGCAGUCCACUCCACUCAUCUCUCGUGUGUCAUGGUUUGCCAUCAGGUUCGUUCGCUGCAGCAGCAGCAGCAGCAGCUGCGUCUAGCGGUGGUCCAGCCCCAUCCCUCCCCCUCCCCCACCCCUCUCACCUUUAUCCCAUUCCCACCAGUGGCGCCACUUCAGCGCAUGUGUGUGCCAUGCUGAGCCAGCCCUCGCACCUCACCGUCCUGUCAUCCGCCGACAGACACACACCUGCCCCGCGAGGCAGCACCAACGGGGCAGCUCAGCUGAUGGAGAGCCGCGUUGGGAACGCAGAGAGUCGUGGCGGACAUGCGGGGGGGUCCUCAGCCUCCGCUAACGUUGCCAUGCAGCAGCACGACUCCCCUGCGCGGCGCCGGGGAGUAGCCGGAGGGCAUGAUCCCGUUGUUGUUGUCGAAGGCGGUGUCCACAUGGGCCGUUUCGGGACUCCAGUGCCCUCAUCGCAGCUGCAUAACCAUCAUGACGUAAGGAGGGAGGGAGGGGGGAGGCAUUAGUGGAUGGGCUCAUGCACACGCCCAUCGGUGUUGCUUUCUUCCCUCCCUCAGGUAGACGCGCCGAUGUCUCUCUUAGCGCCCUCAAGGAUUCCCGUGUUGCCGCCCUCAAAAGAUCCGGUUGAGGUGGGCGUCGUCCCCGGCAACGACGCCAACUGCACAACGUCACCCGCACACCCCGAGCCCCCUUCUCACCCCCCACAGCCGCCACAGCCACACCCAGCCAUGGCGUUCUCCCCACCACAACAUCAUCCCUUCUUCUUCCCGCCCUUAUUCAUGCCGCCACAGGGCAUGUAUCUGCCGCCGCAUCACCUGAUGAUGCAACCGCCGCCGGUGCCAAUGGCAGCAGCAGCCAGCUCGAUGGGCGCGGGUGGGCAUCCGAUGCCCACGUCAGCCGAGGAGGUGAUGCGGGCGCACGAGAGCCACAUGAGCAUUGGGAGGGAGGUCGGGCCGCCCAAGGCGUCAGGUGGUGUGGGGCCACGGCCGCCCACCAUCGUCUCACCGAGGAGCCGCGGGAAGAGGACACCGCCCGCAUCCGCCACGGGUGGCACGCAGAUCGCCGACGACAAGAACAAUCAGCGUGGUAAGCAAUGGGAAGCGAUCGAAAAGCAGUCCACUCCACUCAUCUCUCGUGUGUCAUAGUGUGCCCUCAGGUUCGUUCUCUGCAGCUGCGUCUAGCGGUGGUCCAGCCCCAUCCCUCCCCCUCCCCCACCCCUCUCACCUUUAUCCCAUUCCCACCAGUGGCGCCACUUCAGCGCAUGUGUGUGCCAUGCUGAGCCAGCCCUCGCACCUCCCCGUCCUGUCAUCCGCCGACAGACACACACCUGACCCGCGAGGCAGCACCAACGGGGCAGCUCAGCUGAUGGAGAGCCGCGUUGGGAACGCAGAGAGUCGUGGCGGACAUGCGGGGGGGUCCUCAGCCUCCGCUAACGUUGCCAUGCAGCA